AUGGACGGCGCCGCCAACUGGCGCCCCACGCAGGGCGCCGACCCUGCCGCCGUCGCUGCCGCCGGCGGCGUCGACCCUAACGCGGCUGUCCCCGCCGGAAGCGACUGGCGCACCCAGCUUCAGCCCGAGGCGCGCCACAGGAUCGUCAAUAAGAUAAUGGAGACUCUGAAGAAGCACCUGCCAGUAUCAGUACCAGAAGGACUGACUGAGCUUCACAAAAUUGCUGUGCGGUUUGAAGAGAAAAUCUAUACUGCAGCCAUCAGCCAGUCUGAUUAUUUGCGGAAGAUUUCUCUGAAAAUGCUGUCCAUGGAAAGUCAGACAAAGACCCAACAGAACCCUGGAAAUGCUCAAGUGAUUCCAAAUCAGAACCCUCCUGGUCCAGCACCUGGCCUUCCUCCACAAGGUAGUAAUCCAGCACAGUCAUCAGCUAUCCCGUUGAUGUCUCAGCAACAGACACGGCAGCUAAAUGCUUCUACAUCUGUUCAAGGUUCGCUUCCUAGUCUUGGUCAGAACUUGUCGAGUGUCAGCCAGACAUCGACGCUGCAGAAUCUGUCUGGCAUGCCACAAAAUACUAUGAACAAUGGUUUAGCACAAGGUACUCCACAAGAUAUGUAUGCUGCACAAAGACAAAUGGCUGGUAGGCAGCAGCAGCAGCAACAACAACAACAAGCACAUAAUCAGUUAAUCUAUCAACAGCAGAAACUGUUGAUGAACCAGAAAUUGCAGCAGAAUUCACUUAUGCAACCGCACAUUCAGCAGCAGCAAACUUUGUUGCAGUCAACACAGAUGCAAUCUUCACAGCAGCCCAUGAUGCAAAUGUCAUCUGGCCUUCAGCCUGGGCAGACUACCAUUCCACAAACUCAGUCCAUGGCGAUGCAGUCAGCUACACAGAGUGGUAUUCAACAGAAUCCAUUGAAUUCAGUACAACAAUCUGUGCAAUCAUUACUCCAGCAGCCUACACAAUCUGUAGUGAGGCAGCAGCAACAUGCACAGUCCAUGCACCAGCAGCCUUCUCUGCAGCAAACUCAGCCAACACAACAACCCAACAUUCCUUUGCAACAGCAGCCACAACAAUUAAUGGGGCAGCAGUCAAAUUUACAGCAAAAUCAGUUAAUGAAUCAGCAGAGUGGUGCUGUGGAGAUGCAACAGCAACAAAGGCUACCAGUUCAGUCAAAUAAUGUUUUGAAUAUGCAGCAAACACAGCAGAUGAUGAACCAGCAAUCUAUGCCCUUGCACCAGCCACAACAAUUGGCGAACCAGGGAAAUAUGUCAAGUCUACAUCAACAGCAGCAGCAAAAUCAGCAGCAGCAGCAGCAGCUUCUUGGAACCACGCCAAAUGUCCGUAUGCAUAUGUUACAGCAGCAAAAGCCAAUUCAGCAACCACAGCAGCAACAGCAUGCUCAGCAGACAUCAAUGGGUUUGAUGCAACCUCAGUCUCAGCAGAACCAGCUUCAGCAACCUCAGCAACAUAUGAUGUUGCAGUUCCAGUCUCAGCCUAAUCAAGUGCAGCAACAAUUGGGAAUGCAACAAAGGCUCCAAACUUCAGCUGGCAUGCUCUUGCAACAAAAUAAUAUUGAUCAACAAAAGCAAUACGUUCAGCCACAGAGGGGCCUCCAAGAAGCACCCAGUACAUCUGUGGAUUCCACUGCUCAAACUGGUCAUCCAGGCGCAGGUGAUUUGCAAGAGGAGUUAUAUCAAAUGAUUAAGAGUUUAAAGGACCAAUACUUUGCGGAAUUGAAUGAUUUGUACAAUAAGAUAUCCAUGAAGAUACAACAAUUGGACAACCACAUGCCUGCUCAAAAGUCAGCAGAGCAGUAUGAAAAGAUGAAGGUCUUUAAAUUAACGUUGGAGCGCACAUUGCAUUUCCUGCAAGUUAACAAGAGCAGCAUUCAGCCAGCUUUUAGGGAAAAAAUCCCUGUUUACGAGAGGCAAAUUCUCAGUAUCCUAAGUUCACAAAGAAGGAAGCCUGUGCAGGCACCUGGACAGCAAACAUUUCAGCAAUCUGGUGGGCAAGCUCCUAGCUCUAACAUUUCACAGCAGCAUCAGACUUCCCAAGGUUUGCAGCAGCAUGAUAGUCAUACUAAUCAGAUGCCUCAAGCAAGUUUACCAAGUAUGAACACAGGAGUACAGAGCUCUGGAGCACCUGGCAUUCAGCAUGUACCUGCGUCUCAAUCAACAAACUUUGGUGUUCCAACAACACAGCAUAAUGUCACAAAUGCACCGCAGGCUGGCUCUAAUCUGGAGAAUGCUCAGGGAAACAAUUUUAAUCCUGUGCAGCAUGGUUCUAUGGGUACUGCGUUGCAACAGGGAAGCACUGGUCCUAUGCAGGGUGCAUUGAAUGCACAGCAGCAGUCCAGUAGUAACAUGAUAUCCAACAAUGCAAUGAGUACAAUGCAGACUAAUACCAAUGCCAUGCAAGCAAAUGCAAAUUCAUUGCAGCAGCUAAAGCAGCAACAUCAGGAGCAUCAGAUGAUGCAAAGUCAGCAAAUGAAGCAGCGUCAGCAGAUGAUGCAACAGAUACAGCAAAAGCAAAUGCUUCAACAGCAGCUCCCAAUACAGCAACUACAGAAACAACAGCAGCAAGGGCAGAUGCCGGUUCCACAGCUUCAUUCUGGAAAUGAUGUGAAUGAGCUAAAGGUUAGGCAAGGAGCUGCAAUCAAAUCUGGAAUGUAUCAACAGCUGAGCCAGCGUAACUAUUAUCAUCAGCAGAUAAAACAGGGUGGUGUCUUUCCAAUUUCUUCUCCGCAAAACCUCCAAGCAUCGUCCCCACAAAUUUCACACCAUUCUCCUCAGGUUGAUCAGCACAGUCUGUUGCAAUCUCAAGUGAAGACCGGGACACCAUUGCAUUCAGCUAACUCACCAUUUGUCCCAUCUCCAUCCCCUCCUGUUGCCCCAUCACCGAUGCCAGUGGAUUCAGAUAAACCACUCUCCAACUUAUCUUCGCUCACUAGUGCUGGGCAGGCUGGACAUCAGCAAACAUCCCUUGCACCUCAGACACAAUCUAUAGCCGUUAACACACCAGGUAUAUCAGCGUCACCCUUGCUUGCAGAAUUCACAAGUGCUGAUGGAAGUCAGGUUAACCUACCAACUCAAGUUCCAACCAAAUCAGCAGCAGAAAGGCCUCUCGAUCGCUUGCUUAAAGCAUUGCGAACAACACAGCGCGAGUCCCUUAGUGCUGCAGUUAGCGAUAUUGGAUCUGUCGUGAGUAUGAUUGACAGGAUCGCUGGAUCAGCGCCUGGUAAUGGUUCUAGAGCUGCUGUGGGUGAAGAUCUUGUCGCUAUGACAAAGUGCCGCUUGCAAGCCAGGAACUUCAUAACUCAUGACGGGAGUGGUGCAUCAAAGAAAAUGAAGCGGGACACUAGUGCUAUGCCUCUUAAUGUGUCAUUGGCUGGAAGCGUGAAUGAUAGCUUGAAGCAAUCAUAUAGUGUUGGCACUCCAGAGCUACAAUCAACUGCAACCUCACGUGUCAAGUGGCAAAGGGCUGAGGUAAACCAUGCUCUGAUGGAGGAGAUUCAGGAGAUAAACCAGCAGCUUAUAGAUACAGAGCUCCAUGUCUCUGAGGAUGAUGCUGAGUCCUUCACUACAUCUGUGGGGGGCGAAGGGACAGUCAUUAGAUGCACAUUCACAGCUGUUGCUGUUAGCCCCAGCUUGAAAUCCAUGUUUGCUUCAGCACAGAUGAGUCCGAUUUUGCCGUUGAGGUUGCUUGUUCCUGCUAGCUACCCAAAAUGCUCCCCGGUGCUCCUGGACAAGUUUCCUGAUGAACAAUGCAGUAACUCAGACGACCUGUCUACGAAGGCUAAGUCAAAGUUCAGUGUAUUGCUCCGGGGUCUAGCUGAGCCCAUGUCACUGCGAGAAAUCGCGAGAACAUGGGAUGCUUGCGCCCGCAAAGUGAUCGCAGAGUAUGCCCAGCAAGCUGGAGGAGGCAGUUUCAGCUCGAGCUAUGGUUGCUGGGAAAGCUGCGUAGGCGCUUCAUAA